ACUUGAAGGUUAGUCUUUAUGAAUCUGAAAUAAUAGCUUGCAGCUGCAAGAAGAUUGCUGGGAGCCAUUGACAAUGUGGACGAUGGCUUGUGCGUCAGUUGUUUGAAUCACAAAGUUUCUCUAUCUCUCGGGUUCAGCAUGUUUAAGUGUUUUGAGUCAACAUGAACUUAUAUAAAUAAGACUAAUACAUGUGGAUAUGAGAACCCUAAGCAGCUGCGGAGCUUCUUCUGUUGAUCCGGUCACUCCAGAACCUCUUCCAGAGGUGGAAUCUUUUGUUCUCUUUCUAAGAGUUGUUUCCAUGAUCUCACGAGCCCAAAAAGACAUCUGAUCAUGGCUAUUGUAUCCAGUUCCUAUUGUGGCUAAUCCCUUUUCUGGUUUUAGUAGCUCUAAGAAUUCCUCCUGCGGAUUCAGCGAGCAAAGCUGAGAUUUUCACUGGCGACAGCGCUUAAAAAUGGGAUCUUGGAACUGGAUCCCCCUGUUCUGGAAAGGAGACAAGGUUUCCUCUCGUGGCUUCCACUCUUCCUCCACCGCGGAAGAGGUCACUGAAGGCAUCGACGCCAGCCAACUCACUGCCAUUGUCACCGGGGCAACUAGUGGAAUUGGGAAGGAAACCGCAAGGGUUCUGGCACUGAGAGGCGCCACCGUCGUCAUCCCCUGCCGGUCGCUGGAAAGCGGCGGAAAGGUGAAAGAAAGCAUUUUGGAGCAGAAUGCGGAUGCCAAGAUCCAUGUUAUGGAGAUGGAUUUGAGCUCCCUCGAUUCGGUGGAGUCCUUUGCUCGAUCGUUUAAUUCAUCGUACGAGCGCCUAAACAUUCUCAUCAACAAUGCAGGGAUUAUGGCCUGUCCCUUCCAGCUAUCCAAAGAUGGAAUAGAGAUGCAGUUUGCUACGAAUCACCUUGGACAUUUUUUACUUACUAAUCUGUUGAUGAACAAGAUGAUAGUUACUGCCGAAGAAACAGGAAUACAGGGAAGGAUUGUUAGUGUUUCGUCUUUGGGUCAUUCAAGCAAAUUUGAUGAAUCUUGGUUUAAUUUGGAGAAGAUAAAUGAUCAAUCUAACUAUGGACCUUUUGCUGCUUAUUCUCAUUCUAAGCUGGCAAAUAUAUGGCAUGCAAAUGAGCUUUCUCGGCGUUUACAGGAAAAGGGCUGCAACAUAACAGCAAAUUCUCUUCAUCCUGGAGCAAUCCAUACUAAUUUGUGCCGCUAUCUAAAUAUUAGCUCAUUUAUACUGGAUGCCAUUGCUGUUGCGACGAAACCUUUCUUAAAAUCCAUACCCCAGGGUGCAUCUACUACCUGCUAUCUUGCUCUACAUCCUGACAUGAAAGAUGUAACUGGAAAAUAUUCUGGGGAUUGCAAUGAGACAUUGCCUUCUGCUGUUGCAAGAGACGAGGAAUUAAGCAUCAAGUGCUGGGAAUUCAGCCAACAACUCCUAAACAAUUUAAGAGGGCCAAUUGUUGUACAUUAAAGGAGUGUUUUCUUGUCCAAUGUAUCUUCUGGAAAUGAACUUUAGCUACAACUUUGAAUUUACUUCAUCCAAAUCACUCAUCAUUUUGUUUAGCUCAGUCAAAACUUCUGCUUUGGAUAAGUUGGUGGACAGAAAAAGUAGGUUUUACUGGGAAAAGAGGAAGACAACCAAUCAAGCGUUGGUGCGAAUCUGAAAGCAUGAUAAGCGGUAGAUCAUGCACGUGGUUGCAUGUGGUCCAAGUUG